UCAUGAGGGCACAGGAACGAGCCCAGAGUGCAGUCCGACAGCUUGUCGCGUGCCCGUGUGUCCGUUCUUGUCCGUGAUGGGAAUUAACAGCACACCCUGACUUCCUGCAGCCGCGGCGGCAUGUUUCUGAGCGGGUCCCCGCGCGCCGUUUGACCACAGCAGGCAGAGCGCGAGCGCUGUGUGCGGGGCUGAAAACAUCCAGAGCUGCCAGGAGAAGCGCGCGGGAGGUUGAUUUCAUUCCGGGCGUCCGGGCAGAGAUGAGGAGGAGGAGGAAGGUCUCUGCGGCGGGAUCUCUGCUCGCCUGGAAGCUGCUGCUGCUCCUCAGUGUGAGUCAGAGUAAGGAGAUGGACAGCUCUGCGAGGGCGCGACAUGCACCGAUGUCUCCGUCCGACUUCCUGGACAAACUGAUGGGGAGGACGUCUGGAUACGAUGCCCGGAUACGACCAAACUUUAAAGGUCCUCCAGUCAACGUCUCCUGUAACAUCUUCAUCAACAGCUUCGGCUCCAUCGCAGAGACCACCAUGGACUACCGUGUGAACAUCUUCCUUCGUCAGCAGUGGAAUGACCCGAGGCUCGCCUACGCAGAGUACCCUGAUGACUCUCUGGACCUCGACCCGUCCAUGUUGGAUUCCAUAUGGAAACCAGAUCUGUUCUUUGCCAACGAGAAGGGAGCCCACUUUCAUGAGGUCACCACGGACAACAAACUCCUCCGGAUAUUUAAGAACGGGAAUGUUUUGUACUCUAUAAGACUAACAUUAACUCUGUCGUGUCCCAUGGAUCUAAAAAACUUCCCAAUGGAUGUUCAGACCUGCAUCAUGCAGCUGGAGAGCUUCGGUUACACCAUGAACGACCUGAUCUUCGAGUGGCAGGAGAAUGGACCGGUUCAGGUGGCCGAUGGCCUCACGCUCCCACAGUUCAUCCUCAAAGACGAGUCAGACCUCAGAUACUGCACCAAGCACUACAACACAGGUAAAUUUACCUGCAUCGAGGUGCGCUUCCACCUGGAGCGUCAGAUGGGUUACUACCUGAUUCAGAUGUACAUCCCCUCCCUCCUCAUCGUCAUCCUCUCCUGGGUCUCUUUCUGGAUCAACAUGGACGCCGCCCCGGCCAGAGUGGCGCUGGGCAUCACCACCGUCCUCACCAUGACAACACAGAGCUCCGGCUCUAGGACUUCACUGCCAAAGGUGUCCUACGUGAAGGCCAUUGACAUCUGGAUGGCAGUGUGCCUCCUCUUCGUCUUCUCAGCUCUGUUGGAGUACGCUGCUGUCAACUUUGUGUCCAGGCAACAUAAAGAGCUGCUGAGAUUCAGGCGGCAACCCAAGAACAAGAGCAAGAACAGUGGAGGUGCAGUUGAUCCAGAGGAGCUAGCUGAGUCCCUGCGUCGUGUUAACACUGACAACGGCCUCCAACCUUCAAAACCUCUGUACGGAUCUAUGAGCAGCCUCUACACCGACCACCACAGCAGGGAGGGGGAGGUCCAUGAGAGCAGGCUGACCCCCACGGCCGCCGUGACGUCCACCCCCUGCAUCAGGAAGGACUCCAAAGUCACCACCAACAACGCUGUGGUCGCCCUCAGCACUCCAGGAGCCACAGCUAACACUACCCAGAAUCCACCUGGAGCAGCAGUGAGCGGCGGGGGCAAAACCACGGAGGAGAUGAGGAAGCUGUUCAUCGACCGAGCCAAGAAGAUCGACACAGUGUCGCGGGCCGGCUUCCCUCUGGCCUUCCUCUUCUUCAACAUCUUCUACUGGGUUCUUUACAAGAUCCUGCGACACGAAGACUUCCAUAAGCAAUGAGGGACCAGAAGGUUCCAGAAGGUUCCACCUUCACGCACCAACUUCCUGUGAAAACACCUGACCAGCCCCCCCCCCCAAUAAUAAUUAUUAUUAUUAUUAUUAUUUAGUUUCCUGUUAAAACGUCUUCCGUGAUUUUUAAGUUUACAUGUUUUAGUUUAAAAUAUCUUUAAUAAAUUCAGAAUAUAAUCUAUAAUUUCUAUAAUUUAGUAAAAAAUCUGAUCGGACUCGUGAUUCAUGUCUGAGGCAGAAACAGUGAUGAAGAAGAAGAUCAGGGUGCUGAUGAAGGUCUUCCCAUGACUGACUGGGAACCCAAACAUUAACAGAUGAUCCGGGUUCUGCAGCGGUCUGACGUGUGCUCCUCGUCUGGGUUUCAUUUCACAACUUCCUCUUAAUCUCACAUUUAUCUCCUUUAUUU